AGGAUGAAGAGAGGUGAGAGAGUUAGUGAAACACAUAUUAUGGUCCUUCGUUACCCUUCACAGGGUCACAUAAAUCCAAUGCUCCAAUUCUCCAGGCGCCUAGCCUCCAAAGGUCCCAGGGUCACAUUAGUGAUCCCAACUGCCUCCAUUUAUAAUGCCCAAGCUAGCUCCAUCAACAUCGAGAUCAUUUGUGAAGGGCUCGAGAAGCGCAAAGAAGAAGAAAGAACAGAGGACUAUGUGGAGCGUUUUAGAAUGGUAGCUUCACAAAGCUUGGCGGAGCUUAUCGAGAAACAUAGUAGAUCCAGCCAUUCUGCUAAAAUCCUUGUGUAUGACUCGUUUAUGCCAUGGGCGCAAGAUGUAGCUACACGACUAGGCCUGGAUGGAGCUGCUUUCUUCACUCAAUCUUGUGCUGUUUCUGUCAUCUAUUACCUUGUGAAUCAAGGGGCGUUGAACAUGCCUUUAGAAGGGGAAGUGGCAUCGAUGCCUUGGAUGCCAGUCUUAUGUAUCAAUGAUCUUCCAUCGAUUAUUGAUGGCAAGAGCUCAGACACAACUGCACUCAGCUUCCUCCUGAAAGUGAAAUGGAUCUUGUUUAACACUUACGACAAAUUGGAAGAUGAGGUAAUCAACUGGAUGGCAAGCCAACGACCAAUCAGGGCAAUAGGACCAACCGUUCCUUCCAUGUACUUGGACAAAAUGUUGGAGGAUGACAGAGAUUACGGCCUCAGCCUUUUCAAGCAAAAUGCCGACUCCUGCAUAACAUGGCUAGACACAAAGGGCAGUGGCUCUGUCGUUUAUGUAUCGUUUGGAAGUAUGGCAUCACAGGGAAAAGAGCAGAUGGAGGAAUUGGCAUGGGGCCUGAGGAAGAGCAACACCCACUUCAUGUGGGUAGUCAGAGAAUCGAAAGAGAAAAAGAUCCCUAGCAAUUUUUUAGAGGAGACAUCUGAGAGGGGUCUGGUUGUGAGUUGGUGUCCGCAACUAGAAGUUUUAGCUCACAAAGCCGUUGGGUGUUUCCUGACUCAUUGCGGAUGGAACUCAACACUGGAGGCACUGAGCUUGGGAGUGCCAAUGAUAGCCAUGCCUCAGUUUUUAGACCAGACAACAAAUGCUAGGUUUGUUGAAGAUGUGUGGCGAGUUGGGGUUAGAGUUAAGGCUGAUGAAAAAGGGAUCGAUAAAAAAGAGGAAAUAGAGAUGUGUAUAAGGGAAAUCAUGGAGGGAGAGAGAGGGAAUGAGAUGAAAACGAAUGCUCAGAGGUGGAGGGAGUUGGCAAAAGAGGCAGUAACUGAAGGUGGAAGCUCUUUUAAGAACAUUGAAGAAUUUGUUACAGAAAUUUUAUGCAGCUGA